UUUUAACUUGGCUUGUGUAUCAACAACGACGCUUCGUCGUCCGACUAUUUUCCGUUAUCAUUUUAGUUUCCAUUACUAUUUUUAUUAAUUUUUUAAAACGAAAUAGAGAAUUUUAUUAAAAUUGACAGGCAAUCUUGUUCUUAUAUUGUUAAAACUCAUAAACAUAACCUAAAACAAAAUGAGCGGUAGAGUUAAGAAACCUGCAGCACCAAAGAAAAAAGCCAAUGGGUAUAAGAUGCCAUCCCCUAUCGCUACUGGUGAAGUGAUCCAUGAUACUAUAGGGAAAAAGAAAUGGCGUAUAGGCCCUUCAAUUGGUGUCGGUGGCUUUGGGGAGAUAUACUCGGCUUGUGAUCACGAGAGCUCGCCCAAGAAGGGGUCCAAUUAUCCUUUCGUUGUGAAAAUUGAACCACAUGAAAAUGGGCCAUUAUUUGUUGAAAAACAUUUCUAUUGUCGAAAUGCCAAUAAAGAUGACAUUGCGAAAUUCAUGAAGACCAAGAAAUUGAAUAGCCUUGGUAUGCCAACAUAUUUUGGGAAUGGUUCACAUGAGUACAAAGGCGAAAAGUAUAGAUACUUAGUACUAGAGAGAUAUGGGAAAGAUGUGUGGAGUCUUUUCAAGGACUGCAGAAGAAGUUUCCCAUCGGCCACUGUAUUCCAAUUGGGUUUGCAAAUGUUAGAUGUCCUAGAAUACAUACACAGCCGAGGAUAUGUCCAUGCAGAUAUCAAAGGUGCCAACAUUCUGAUGGGGCUACAGAAAGGCACAGAGAACCAAGCUUACCUCGUGGACUUUGGCUUAGCAAGUCGCGUCACUGAUAAGGAGUUUAAACCAGACCCGAAAUGUGCGCAUAAUGGAACAAUUGAAUACACAAGCAGAGACGCACAUUUAGGAGUGCCUACAAUGAGAGGGGACCUAGAGAUCUUAGGUUACAACAUGCUGCAGUGGUUGAUAGGGGAACUACCCUGGGAGAAAUCUUUGAAACAACCCAAAAUAGUCCAAAACAUGAAGGAGGCGUUCAUGAAGAAUGUACGAGCGAAUAUCGCCAAACAAUACAGUAAUGUACCAGAACCCCUAAUUAAAUACUUAGAAUACAUAAACACAUUGAAACCCAAAGACACACCAGAUUACACAAAGUGCCGGCAACUGUUCGAAAAUUAUCUCAAAAGUGAGGGUAAAACGAGAAAUAGCAAAUUGGAGUUCAGUCCUGGUAAAAAAGGGAAACAGAGUAAAACUGCUAAAAUCGUGGCUGAAGACAGUGAUGUUGAUGAAGUGGAGGAGAAAGAAGCAAAAGGAAAAGGCAAGAAACCUAAUGGAGUAAUUGCUAAAGCUAAGAGAGCUCGGAAACCAAAGGUCAUAGAGUCCAGUCCUGAAUCAGAUAAUUGUGAAAAUGAAGAACCAGAAUCAGAAGAUGGCACAGAAAAAGAAGUUAAAAAGAAGGUAAGGAAGCCGAAAAAUAAUAAGAGGAAAUCAACUGAACCAUCUGUUGUAGUUAAAGUUAAGAAAACCAAAUUAGCACCAAAAGCGACACCGCCAGCCAAGAAAAACCACGCGAAUAUAGCAACGCAGACGUCAAUCAUCAUCGAAAAGCGUAAGAGAAGCCCUCGACAGGUCUCAUUUGAUAGUCCUGUAUGUGAAAUAAUCGGAAAUAAAAAGCAGAACAUUUCCAAAGAAAGUGAUUCCAUUAAUACGAGCGGAGACAUCUUUGAUGAUUCAUUUACGAUUGAAGAGAAAAAAGUUAAAAAGAAACGAAAACUGCUGUCGAAUCAGGAAAUUAUCGUAAAGAGGGUAGUUAAGAAAAAAGUGACAACAACACAACCAAAAUCAAAGUCUUGGAAGGACACUCCCACUAUUAUGAAUGGACGGUCGCCCCCUAAAUAGUACUGUAGAACGUCACUUUGUACGGUUGUGAUGUUUUAUUGAAUUCCCUGUCAAUUUGUACUUAUAUUGUGCCAAUAUUAUACCGCUGAUUUAUUAUGAACAGCUAUAAUAUUCAUAAUUUAAUCAAGUUUAAACAUUUGAAUGAUUUAGUUGUAAAAUAUUUGAUUGAUAUUAUUUAUAAUUUUUAAUUUUAAAUAAAGUACUUUUUUGUAUUAGCGAUUUUGCUAGUUGAACAGUUCAAAAUUGCAUGGAAUUGAAAAAUUAAUUAUUCCUCACUUGUUACAGCUAUACUUGAUAUGUUUGUAUAUUUUAAAUUCCACGUUAGUAAACUAUGUUAAUAAUUAUAGUCACAAAAAACUCAAAGCUUCUAAAUGUCAUUCUUGUUUCAUAAGAGCAACAGUAGCAACGGACGACGACGUAAAACAGCGCGCGAUGAUAUCUCAUUGACAGUUAGUCAUAAUGAUUCAUUUGGAUUGUUGGAACUAGCGAAUCCGCUAACAGAUAUUAGAUGAGAACUUAGAUGCAUAUCACAGUUGGAUCAAUGAGUCGUGUCGUCGUCGACCGACCGACCUUCCCCUUGGAAACCAUCGUGAUUAAUUCUUGUUGAAUUCAUCACGAUGGGCUAACUGAUCUUCUUGCUCACCUAUCAUCCCUCACCCCGCCAGUGUAUACCGAUAGUGCAAAGUAUUUAGAAUCUUGUCUAUUAAAACUAUAGUUAUAUAUAUAUAUAUAUAUAUAUAUAUAUAUAUAUAUAUAUAACUUAGAAUGGCAAACAAGUUGACGGCCCACCUGAUGGAAAGUGGUAACCGUCGCCUAUAGACAUGAGCAGUACCAUGGACAUAAUAGAGUAUACUGUUUCGCCCACAAUACCCCCCAUGCGUUGCCAUUCCUGAGGACUCAGGUGUUAUUCCUCUGUACCCAGUAAAUUCACGCCAUAUCCCACCCUUCAAACCAAAACACAGCUAUGCAAACACAACUGCAUUACAUUCUAGAAUAAAGUAUUUACAAACCAUUAUUUUAAAAUUGAUUAUAAAUCUCCAUUUACAUACAUUUCCAAAUAAUGUCGUUGUUCAUGAAAUCUAUAAAAUAUGACAAGAGAUCACGUAUCAUAUUUUAAUCCCCUUUAUUUAAGAGACUCGUGUAUGUUUUUUUUUCGUUUAUUUAUUUUUAAAAGUGACUUAUGUGUAAUAUAAUUUCAUUAUAAUAAUUACAAUAUACAUUUAUUAUUAUCUAAUAAUAUAAGCCGAACCAGUAAAAUAAUCUAAAAUGGCGGAUUUUCGGACCAACCUUACUGGUUGACAGAAAAACAUAUAUUGUUUAAGAUAUAAUAAUUAUCUUGGCUUAUUAAUUUUACUAUUUUUUAUAUUAUUUUAAUAUAAAAUAUCCAAACAAAUGAAUAAAUAAGCAUAAAUAUUCGAAAACUUAACUAACCCGACAGACGUCGUACUCUCGAGUCUUCGUUUCAAGUUUGUAUUGGAAAAGUAAAAUAAAAUUUUUGACUUCAUAAGAACUUUUCUCGGACUGUAACAAAUAUUCGAUAAAAAAAUUACCAAAUUGGUCCUGCCGUUUUCGAAUUUUGCGCUUAGCAACAUAUUCAGCGAUUUAUUUUUAUAAUAAAAUAUUGGAAUUUGAUAGCUUUAGAAUAUUUUCUGAUAAUUCGUCUCGAGAGUUUCAGUACACUAUAUAUACAUGAGUGAAGAUGCACAAUAUAAUAAGUAGAGGACACGACUGACGCUGCCAUUUUAGAUUACUUUAAUUUUUGGCGGGAAUUGUAUCAAAUUUAAUGUCACCAUAAUUACAUUGUGAAAUAAUUUUAGAUGGAGAUUAUAAACACUCGACCGCUCAAUAAGGUCUUGUUAAUGUAUUAUAAUUACGUUACAUACGUUGUUAUUCAUUAAUUACGAAUAAAUGUUGAGGUUAUGCUGUAGCCAUCUUGACAGCUUCUUGUUGCAUUUUGUUUGUCAUGCUGAUGUUGAGUGUUCAAUUGAGUGAUCAUUUUAUAUUUUUAAUGUGUAUAAUAAACAGUAUUUCGUA